AUGCCAUCAUCGGCUUGCUGCUGUUUCUCGUGGAUGUUCUCCCUCGCCGAUGCCCGAGUUUCGCACGGCGCAGGAGUACGCAGGCCCAGGCGUUUUGGCGGCUCGGCUUUCGGUGAAGGCAAACAAGCCCGCAUCGAGCCGAUUUGGGAUGGUGGCUACGGCAACGAGACGGAUGCAGACUACCUGCUGGAAGAAGAGCAGCCACACCUCCAAGCAUUGGUGAAUCUGAAAACCCUGGAGGGCGAUUGGAUUCUGAACAAGGCAAAGAGCGAGCCGUUGGAUCCACUCUUGUCAGUCAUGGACAUUUGUUGGCACCCUGCGCUUCCCACUCGCUGUGAUCCGCCCGAGUGCACUGAAUACAGCAUUUCCAUGAUGCGGCAAACCUUCACGCCUGUUCGUAUGGGACAGCCCAUGUACGCAGUCAUCCCACUGGAUGGCUCGGUGGUCAGACAGCCCGGGUCGCCCUGCUUCCCCGUGAAAAGGAUUUGGCACAAACGGCUCUUCGUUUCAUCCGUCUUCCUGCGUAGCAGAGCCAUGGCCGCCAGAGCCAAUGCAGAACUGGAGCAACGGAUGCAGCGCUUAGAGGAGCUCCUGCAUUUCUCGACCCAAAGCGUUGACGACGAUGUGGCUCACAUGCAGCAGGAGUUGAAGCUCCUGCAGGGUCGGCUCUUCACCCUCGAACAGCAGCUGGCACUGGAUUUCUCGUCGCCGCAGACGCCGAGAGAGGAAGAGCCGGAGGAAGUUGCAAAGCCUGCUGCGGAGCUGGCCGAAACUUCCAGGCCCUCCAAGAACCGGAAGAGCGUGGUGUCCCAAGCACGGCUGCAACACUCCCUCCAGGACUCCUUCUGGGAUGCUCUGUUCGUCAUGGGCCUGGAUGAAAUUGGGUCGUUGGGAUCUUUGAUGAUUUGCAUCGGAUUCUGCCUAUGCUUCGGCAUGCAGCUGCUAUUCUGUUGGGUUGUCUACGCAUCCUUUCUGGAUAACGACCCGAAGUACGACCUGCAGUACUUGAAGGAGUGGCGUGUGAUGUACGGCCACGGCGUGGCCUCCUAUGAUGUUGCAUCGGGCUCAUCGUUGGUCAGCAAGGUUUGUGAAGGUAAGGCUUUUGAGCAGGACUGGUGGAACAAUAACUUGCUCGGUGAGAUAGACCGCUACUUGAUGCCCCUCUUUGACACUGUGCUCCCAAACCUCGGGGUUGGUGUGGUCCUCAGCAGCCUCGCGAUCUCUGUCUGGGCAUGCCAUGUGGCUGCAGAGCUUCAGUAUGUGGGCCGUCUCGGGGUUGCACUGCAUCGUCUCCCCAGGGGUGAGACAUUGGUCGCCCGUAUGCGUGAGGGUGAGCGGACCUUCCAGAGCAUCAGCUGUUGCCGGCUGGCUGUGCUUCAUGUGGUUCUCUUCUGUCGCAUGUUCGUGGCCAUUCUGCUCGGGGUGUCCGGCGCCCUUUGGCUUUGUAAGACUCGUGACACUUCUGAGAUUUUCUUGAAUGCUGUCGCCCUCGACUUCGUCUUGGAGGUGGAUGAUGUCCUUUUCCGUGUUUUGGCGCCUAGACGCAGGCUGCUAUAUAUGAAAUCAAUUCGACCACUGGAUCUUGGUACGAGGAAGAUGUGGCACGGCGUGGAUGCCCAAUGUGUGCUGAAGCUGAUUGCGCUGGUGACCACUGUGUGGCUUUUCGUUUCCACUACGCUUCAAAACAAUGCGGAUGAGGCUCGUCAAGCCCGAGACAUGCUGUGCGGUGGCAAUAGGGAUUUCAUCUAUGGCACCCAUCCCACUUUGGGUCCCAUGUUCGUGAUGGACACGAAGAACUUCAGCAUGAGCGGCAGCAGCAGCAUGCUCAGUGGAAUGCGACCAUUGGUCACUGACGUGGUUUUUAGCUACCAGAAGGACGAAGUCGCACAUCGCAUGUGGCGGAGUUCGAUCAAUGGAGGCAGCAUUGCGAUAAAGCACACCUUAGAUUUUGAAGAUCUUCAGGCGUGGUUGACCAAGUCGGACACGGAAGCUCCCGAGGAGACCGGGAUGGGAAGCCGAAGCUACGGCACGCGCUGCGAGGACCGCGGAAAUGGAACGGACUUCUGGGAGGCGGACUGGCUCUGGCCAACUGUAAAGGCGUUGACGAAUCAACGCGCCUCAGACUGCCAGACAGCACUGCCUUUCUGCGACCGGAGAGACCUGCCACUGGUCCGCAUGCUUUGCCCACAGACCUGCGGUUGCAUUUCCCCUGCCUCUGGACUUUACGCAGAUAACGGUUGCCGGCAACAGUGUCAGCAGGAAGACCUGUUCCAGACUGGGCUCAACAGCACGGAAUGUGAAGACCUGCAAAGCAACGAUCCUCGGCGUGAAUCCUGGAACAGGUGGUGGAACGGCUUCUAUGACUACAACCUUGUGGAGUGGGGGACGGCGAACCUCAUGAUGCAGUUCGCCGAUCAGGGUGCAGAGGGCAACUGCUCCUUUGUUGGCUCCAUGGACUGGAUUGUGAGCACCGCUUGCAUGCACAACCAGCGCCGGCCAGCAUCAAUGUUUUGUCCACAGACGUGCGGCUGCACAGCACCAAACCCUUCCCCGGAGCUCUGGUGUCCGAGAACAUGUUGA